GUGUCCCCAGUCUUUUGCCUUGAGUGAGGAUCAGGCAACAGGAAGAAGAGCAUCUGUCUGUUUUGGAAUGUGUCUAUGAGCACCAGUCAAUGAUGGAAAAGCAAGACUCAGAUGGUCCUGAGUUAAGGAAAGGCCUUCCAUGUCUUUUAGAUGAAAGCAGUGGAAAAACCUCACAGAAGAGCCUGACAGAAGAUACGUCCCAUUCAGAGGUACAACAUGAGCAUUUUAAGCAGUUCUGCUACAAGGAGGCCGACGGCCCUCGAGAGGUUUGCAGCCAACUCCACACUCUUUGCCAUCAAUGGCUGCAGCCAGAGAGACACACCAAAGCCCAGAUCCUGGACCUAGUGAUCCUUGAGCAGUUCUUGGCCAUCCUUCCCCCAGAGAUGGCAGCCUGGGUCAGGGAAUGUCGGGCAGAGACCAGUUCCCAGGCGGUGGCCCUGGCUGAAGGUUUCCUCAUGAGUCUGGCAGAGAAGAAGAAGGAAAAGCAGCAGGAGCUCAUUGUAAAAGAGUCUGGUGAAUUUCCUGUGGCAGAGAAAGCUCUCUCAGACUCUGGGAAGAUAGUGCAGUCCAAGUGGAUGGUACAGCAGGAUGAAAGAAGCACCACCAUAAUGGGCAACGAAACACAGCCGUGGCCAAUAGAUCCCAGCUCUUCUCUUUCUUUUCACAGUCGGAGACCAGCAUCUGUGAUCCUGGAUCAGGAGAGUGACGUCUGA